AUGGAGAUUCUUGCAGAUGGUCGUCUCUUGAAGCACCAUUGCAAAAUGUGUCUAAAAUCCUAUUUGUACGAAAGCGGGCUCAAGCUGCGUUACUUCAGUCAUCAUCGAGAACUAGGAAUAGACUAUUCUGUCAUUUGUGAUAUUUGCGGAAAGAGUCUUUCUUGUAAGAGCAAACUAAAGCAGCACCUUUGCACACAUACGGGCGAUAAACCUUUCCCUUGUCCCAUUUGUUCCAGGAAAUUUAUCACUAAGGACCUGUUGGCCUCCCAUAUGAGAGUCCAUACUGGUGAAAAACCCUAUGUGUGCAUGUACUGUGGUAAAGAGUUUGCCCAAGGUGUCCCAUAUCGGUACCACUUAAAGACCUACACUGGAGAGAAGUCUUGCAGUUAUCAUAUGUGCGGAAAACAGUUUAUAUCGAAAGGGAAUAUGAGGAUACAUUUAAAGAGUUGUUAUAUUAAGAAAGAAUGCUGA